AUGUAUCCCCGCACCAACCCUGUACCCCCGCACCAAGCCUGCACCCCCGCACAAAGCCUGUACCCCCCGCACCAAGGCUGUACCCUCGCACCAAGCCUGUACUCCCGCACCAAGCCUGUACCCCCGCACCAAGCCUGCACCCCCGCACAAAGCCUGUACCCCCCGCACCAAGGCUGUACCCUCGCACCAAGCAUGUACCCCCGCACCAAGCCUGUACCCCCGCACCAAGCCUGUACCCCUGCACCAAGCCUGUACCCUCUCACCAAGCCUGUACCCCCCGCACCAAGCCUGUACCCCCGCAACAAGCCUGUACCCCUGCAACAAGCCUGUACCCCUGCACCAAGCCUGUACCCCUGCACCAAGCCUGUACCCCUGCACCAAGCCUGUACCCCCGCACCAAUCCUGUACCCCUGCACCAAGUCUGUACCCCUGCACCAAGCCUGUACCCUCGCACCAAGCCUGUACCCCUACACCAAACCUGUACCCUCUCACCAAGCCUGUACCCCCCGCACCAAGCCUGUACCCCCGCAACAAGCCUGUACCCCUGCACCAAGCCUGUACCCCUGCACCAAGCCUGUACCCCUGCAACAAGCCUGUACCCCUGCACCAAUCCUGUACCCCUGCACCAAGCAGGGCACAGUUGCUGAGACCCGUAGGGAACACAGGUGUGGGGGCGGAGUAUAG